AUGGAGUCCGAACACUUUGGAGGUCGUACUGACGACGAUCUCUUCGCCGACGAUUUCGAGCCUGUAGCGCCUGAAGAGCAGGUCGCGACCAUCUCCAAUGAAACUGGAGCGCCUGUCCAAGACACGAACAUCACGAGACCUGUUGUUUCCACUGCCGCGGAACAACCUCAUCCAUCCGAGCCUGCGCCUGUUCAGAAGGCCGCCCCCACGCCUCGAGUACCCAGAGGACUUGCCAACUCGCGUCACGCCCCUGCCAAUCGUGCUGAGAAGCAACCGCGCAACAACAAUCGUCACCCUAGAGCCAACAACAGCGCGUCUCAGUCUCAACAGCAGCAGUCAACCUCCAACGCACCUCCCUCUGCCCCCAAAGAACUUCGCGAGAAAGAAGCCAAGGACAAGGAAGCUGGUCGCAACACGGCGAGCGUCUCGUCGGCAGCGAGAAUCGGGUCCGGCGGGAAUCCCCGCACCAAGCUUACUGAGGACGAACUGGCAGCCAAAAUGGAGAAGAUGCGUAUUAUGGCUGCCGAGAAAACUAAGCGUUUCGAACAAGCCCAGCGUGACGAAACUGAGCAUGCCGCCGCUUACGCCAAGGGCAUGGAAGAGGAUAAGAAACGUCGUGCCGAACAAGCGGCCAAGAAGAAGGCUGCCGAGCAGGAUCGCAAAAAGAUGGAGGAGGAGCGGGAGAAGAACCGUGAGCGCAAGAUGCGCGCUAUGGGGGCUAAGGAGGGUGGCUCUUGGGACGAGGGCAAGGAGGAGCGCAUGAGAGAGGAGGACCGAAGCGGCUAUAGGGGUCAUAGGGGGGUUGCAAACACAGCGUUCGCGCGAGAUCUGGCUGACGGCAAUGAGCAAGGAGACGGUUACCGUGGCGGACGUCGUGGUGGAAGAGGAGGAUUCGGUGGCGGAAGAGGUCGCGGGGGAGGUGAUGGCCAUGGCGGCCGUACCCUUUUCGAGCCGGACCCGGAGAACGAGUCUGGUCAGCGUUUCUAUCAGCGUGACAACUUCCGAAGCCGCGGCAGGGACUGGAAGGCGGACGGCCCAGCCGCUCCUCGUGCUGAACGCGCCGGGCCUGGGUCUGGUGCACCAAAGGCCGACAAACCAAAGUUGACCCCCGACGAGUUCCCUGCGCUCCCCGGCAGCAAAUCUACCGCACCGCAAGUCAGCACAAGUACUCCCUUAUCAUUUGCUUCCUUGCCCCUCUCGCCUGCUGUGGGCAGAUGGGAUGAUGAGGUGCAAGAUAGUAUCUGGAAGAACGCGGCACAAGCCAAGGAGGCGGCAAACGCGCAGGCGGAGUCCAAGGAAAUCUAG